UUAUAUUUAUGAAAUUUGCCAAGAAAAAAGUAUGAUUAUCACAUUUAUUUACAAAAAUAAAUACUACUGCUAUUUUAUAAAUUUGUUUUUGCUGUUAUUUAUAAUUUAUUUAAUAAAAUUUUAUUAUAUUGUAUUUAAUUUUUUAUUAUUAAACUUAUUAAACUGUAUCUAAUAUAAGGGCCAGCAUGUCAAUAUGUCAUGGCAACUUGUUAUCAUAAUAUACAUACAUACAUACAUGCGUAUUCAGCUGAAUGUAUUGUAUAUAGAUACGAUGAUGAUGAUGAUGAUCAAUUAAUGAUAUCAGCUGUACACUGUAGUCUGUCUGUAGUUACGAAUCACGAUGGAGGGAAAUGUCGAAAAUUUGAGUAAUCAACCACCAAGGCCAAUUAGAAGACCUGGUAAAGUCAAAGUAGUCAGAGCCCUUUACAAUUAUACAGCUCAACAUGCUGAUGAAUUGUCAUUUGACGAGGGACAAGUACUUUAUGUCUAUGACAGAGACACUCAAUCAAAUUGGUGGAAAGCUAAAUGUGGAGAUAAAGAUGGUCUUAUACCUUCAAAUUAUGUUGAAGAACAAACAGAAGAAGUUGAAUUGCCACUUCAUGAAGCAGCAAGACGAGGCAACAUUUCAUUUCUCACUGAAUGUUUAAAAAGUGGUGUAUCACCAACUGGUCUUGAUGCAGCUGGCAACACACCACUUUAUUGGGCAGCACGUGCUGGACAUAUUGAUUGUGUUCGUUAUCUAUUAAAUUUAGAAAUGUCAUCAGCAAUUAAUGCUCAGAAUAAAAUGGGUGAUACACCACUUCAUAUUGCUGCAAGUCAUAAACAUCUUGAGACAAUUGAAUUGCUACUGGCAUUUGGUGCUGACACAUCACUCAGAAAUAAUGAUAAUUUAUUGGCUGAAAAUUUAACAUGUGAUGCUGCAAUUAUAAAUGCAAUACAAUUAACAAAACGUAAGCCGUGUGAUGAUCGUGAUUAUGGAUAUGGAGCUGAUGAUUACAAUGAUGACAGUGAAUAA